AUGACGAAGACGCGGUUCACGGCUGCCGAUGUGCGGGCAAUGGUGCGUGACCUGAGGUCGUCCGUUCUCGGCUUGCGAGUGGCAAAUGUCUACGAUCUGGACUCCAAGGCGCAUGGCGCUGUGGAGCGGUGGUGUUCGGGCUCCGCUGUCUGUGCCCCGGUGACGACUGCAAGCACUCUCUGUUACAUUUUUGUUAGCGAGUUCCCAUCUCUUCGGCUGUGGCGCCAGGCAGUUGACGUGGCCCUUUCGCGCCAAAGACACCAGCAGCAGUGGCACAUCGUCCGCCGUUCUAGACAUUUUUGUCACAGCAAGCGUUCACAGCAUCGCUGA